UGAUUUGUCAUUCUUGUUCAAGCGGUGCUAGCAGGCGCUUGUACAAAAUGUUUGUUUACGCAUUUAUAUGCGUUUUUAUCGGGUCAACUAUAGGCUUUCAUGUCGAUAAAGAAGCACCACCGCAAUGGAGUGACGUGUAUACGAUCAAGGGAAUAUUAAAUAUCCCGUAUGCAGAGCUCCAUGAACCCUUCUACGCUUGGUUUGACAGCAAGAAUGGCAAGUCCCGGAUCGACUACUAUGGUGCGAUGGUCAAGACCUACCAGCUCGCAGCAUCCGUUUACCCCGAGUUUGGUACUUCUAUCAAGAUCGCUCCGGUGACCACUGAGAAAGUACAAAACCAAGACACCUGCCUCCAGGUGAACGGUACUAAGGGUGAGAGCAUCAACGUACAGACAGUGCUGCCGGAUAUGACAGACUUCAAAUAUGUCGAUACAGAAACGAUGCAAGACUCGGACGCAGUGAAAUGGCGGAUGGUGCAGAACAUCGGCGACAAGAUCAACAAGUACACUAUGUGGGUGAAGUACAAGAAGAGCUUGAGGGGUGACCCCAUUCCCAUACCUAUCAGGUACGAAAUGAAGGGCUUCAACUCGCUCCUCGGCUCGCACUACGACCAUUACUACAUCGACUAUAGGGACUAUGACGUCGAUGAAAUCGACCAGGACGUGUUCAGGAUUGACCCCAGUUUCCAGUGCUCGUCGUUCCCGGGCCCUGGAUCGCGCCACUUCGCCACCUUCAACCCGAUGAAGGAAUUCGUGCAUCCUGUACAUGACGCUCACGUUGAUGAUGAAUUCGAAAGGUUCAAAUUCAAGCACAACAAACAAUAUGCAUCCGACGUCGAACACGCCAAAAGAUCCAAUAUUUUCAGACAAAACCUCAGGUACAUCCACUCAAACAACCGCGCCCGUCGUGGGUUCACGCUGACUGUCAACCACCUCGCGGACCGGACCGACGACGAACUCGCGGCGUUACGAGGCCGCCGGUACUCCGGACCCAACAUGGGCUUGCCGUUCCCUCACAGUGAGAAGUCGUUGGAGGAACUGAGCGACAAAGUACCAGCGGAACAUGACUGGAGAUUGUUCGGCGCUGUCACUCCAGUCAAAGAUCAGUCCGUCUGCGGUUCGUGCUGGUCUUUCGGCACCGUGGGUGCGGUGGAGGGAGCACUGUUCAUGCACAACGGCGGCCACUUGGUGCGACUCAGCCAACAGGCCCUUGUCGACUGCUCUUGGGGUUUUGGUAACAACGGCUGCGACGGUGGGGAGGACUUCCGCGCGUACCAGUGGAUCAUGAAGCAUGGACUACCCACUGAGGAGGACUACGGCGGUUAUUUGGGACAGGAUGGAUACUGUCACAUAGACAAUGUGACACUCGUCACGUCGAUGAAGGGCUGGGUGAACGUCACCACCAAGAACGAAAACUCCUUGCGGUUUGCUAUCUUCAAAUACGGCCCGGUGUCCGUGGCCAUCGACGCGUCGCACAAAAGCUUCAGUUUUUACUCGAAUGGCGUCUACUAUGAGCCCAAAUGCAAAAACAAAGUUGAAGAACUCGAUCACGCAGUACUGGCGGUCGGCUACGGCAUCCUCAAAGGUCAGAAGUAUUGGCUGAUCAAGAACUCUUGGUCCAACUUGUGGGGCAACGACGGAUACGUCCUUAUGUCCACCAAGGACGACAACUGCGGCGUUCAAGCAGCCCCCACUUACGUCCUUAUGUAGAUGACAUACACUUACGCCCUUAAAUAAAUACCAUCUUUAUAGCACGGACGAAAUAAUACGUUUCUGAGCCUCUAAAACAGAAUCCAAUUCUGUACGCCCAUUUUUUUUUUAAUUUUUUUUACGGCAUGGAUUCAAGUCCUUUAAGGCCUUUCAAAGAAUAUUACAUUUUAGCUUGAAACUAAGAUAAGGUAAUUAUCAUUUUCUUUGAAACAUUAAAAAAAAACAACAUAAAAAUAAUUAAUAUAAAAGCUGUAAAUUUAGGAACUACGGUGUCACUUAUUGUGUCAUGUGACAUUGUAACAGCGCAGUAUGGAUAAAAAAACGUUUUCUCAUUUAUCGAUGAUUAUAAAAAAAAAAUCAAGUUGGUAGUAUAGUUUGUGUUGAUAAUCUUCUAAAAUUUGUACUUUUUGUGUACAAACCAGACAUACUUGACGUUUCAAGUGCUUAUAGAGUAGGCGUACUUAAAUUAA